AUGUUUUGGUGGUAUUGUGGAGUAGUAUUCACAGCAGCUGGUGCAGAUCCAAGUACAAAAACACCAGAGAAUGUUCUGAAUAUACUUUCUAGCAUGAAUACAAAUCCAUGCUAUGUAAAUUGUUUGUUACUUGAUGAGCACCUGAGGAAUGCAGAAAGUGAUCUAUUUAGAGCUCUAUUUGCAAUAAAAGAUACCAGCACAACGUUAUCUGCUCCAACAAUAGAGGCACAUUCCAGAUUCAAGUCAGCUAUGACACCUCAAAUAAUGGAAUAUGACACACAGAUGAAAGAGAGAAUGUGCACAGAGACGAUUAAUAUCAGUAGAGAUACUGUUCUAAUCUAUUAUACAAAAGUAUUUGGCAAAUCAGAUGACACUUUGAAGCCCAAUCCAAAUGUUAGUCACCAACCAUCGGAUUUGUUCUUUCAUAAGCCAAUGAAGGACAAAAAUGCGUUCUAUGUAACCGAUGGAGAAAUGAGCGAUCUAACAGCACAGUUAUAUGUUUUGGAAUUAAUAUUUACCUGA